GGCACCAUGGGAGCCCUUUAAAAGCUGAGGCGCGCGCGGCCUAUUUUGCAGGCUCCUGGGAGCUGAGGCACGAGGCUUGGAAGAGACAGCCGCGCUUAGCUGGAGAAGUUUCCAGAAAGCUCAGACUCGCUAACCUUCGCAGGUCCGCAUUCCACUGGGACCCAUUCCCUCUGACCCGCUCCCAAGUUUCUGAACGAGAAACACCGUUCUGCGCCUGCCUGGCUCCUUCCCGCCCCCCGGCCAGCACUUCACUGGUCCUAGCCAGCAAGCGCCCUCGUGCUCCUCGCCCCCAGAGGCAGCAACGCAACGCGGCCAUGUGUCCCCCGGUGGUGGUGCGCCAGAGCAGGGAGGGCCUGGCCUACCUGUACGCUUCCUGGCUGUACGAGCUCCAGCACGGAAGCCCUCUAGAGGUCUGCUUUGCCUGCUUCAAGGUUGCCUUCCUGGACCUCAAAGACUCGCUGGAGUCAGAGGACUGGGAGGAUGAAGACUGGGACCCCAUGGAGCUGGACGAGGCAGAGCAUGAGCAGGCGGCAGCUCUGGGGCCGGGGCCUGGCUGGGGGUCCUGGGCCCUGGUGCCAGCCUCGGAGGGGCCAGAGGAAGACUUCCUGGACGACCCCGUGGUGCCCACCGAGCUGGAGCCUCAAAGCGCAGUGCCUCUAGGCCUGGGUCCCGAGCAUGGUGACUGGACCCAGGCCCUUCCCUGGAGGUUCGAGGGGCUUCCCGCCUGCAGUCACUGGCCAAGGCCCCCACCUCCACAGCUGUUCCCCAGUGUGACCCUGGCUCCCGUGGAGCCCAUGGUGCUGGAGCUGGGCACCAUGUGGCCAGUGGAACCAGAGGAGGCUGAGGCCUGGCUGCUGGGCUUGCAGGUCUUUUUCGUGGUAGGCUACCAGGAUUCCACCAUCUACCUUCGGAAGAUGACUCCAGGUCAGGCCAUGAGGAGCGUGGGCCAGCGCUGGAGAGUGCUGCUGGAGCCUGCCGAGGUGUGGGUGCUGAAGCUCCAGGAAUCUGCCCAGCCACACGAUCUGUUGCAAUGCCAGCUGAGCGUCCUGGAGAAAACACCGCAUGGUGAGCAGGAGCAGCUGUUCCCUGCAUAUGCAAUCCUGCAGAAGAAAGGCUUCACCAUCGUAUCUUACUCACCCUGGUGUGUGAAUGAGGGGCACUCAGCCUCUGCUUCGUGGUUCCCCACCUGGGGUCAGGACCCUGGGCCCCUGGAAACUGGGAGCCGUGUUCCCAGGGGCCCUGUAGAAAGCCUGGCUGUCAGGGGCGUCUUGGCACUGGGGGAGCUGUCCUGCUUCCAGCCCUUCGGCCCUGAGCCAGGGAACUGAGGAGCUGAGUGUGGGAACUGGACUGAGUGUGGACUGGGAAUUGGACUUGUUGGGUAGUGGGGACUUACCUGUGUUCAAUACCAGGUGACUGUCAUAGUUCAAAGCAUCACACAGACCUGGAGUUGCCAAGGUGGAGGGCUGUGUGCUGUGUGACUUGGGAGUGAUCACAGCACAGUGCUCUGGCCAUGUGAAAAGACCUCGUGUGGAUGACACCACCGAAGAGCACGUGGGCCAUCUCGGUGUGUUCUAGUGUAUGAUGGUUCAGCAUCUGGGGUCUCUGCUUUUCUUUGAGAGGAAACUGCUUUCCACUGUUGGCUUUUUAUGCAGUUUUACUGUUUAACUCCUGUUCCUUUUUUGAGUUUCAGUUAAAUAAAGUUUUAUGAGCUUUGCACCAAGUCCUUGUGGGGAUGUUCUGGAUGUUCUGGAUCUG